AAUAAUAAUAACAAGAAACGUUUAAUAAUCGAAAUAUUAAUAUAUAACGAAUGUAAAAAUAUUUAUCAAUCUCGAAGAAACUAGAAUUUUAAACUGGGCACUACUCGAUUGUUUUCGGAACGCCAUGUUCGCCAUUGCCCAUCGUGCGAUUAAAUUUUACUUGGCAUUUGGCUUUGAGUGGCAUGAUAAAAUAAAGGGAAGAUUAUAUAAAACUUUUGUAACAAACGAAUUAUACAUAUAAUAGAAUUAUUUAAAAAGGAAUAAAUAAUAAAGUGAUAUAUAUGUAUAUGUGUUUGUAUGCGUGUGAGCGUGUGUAAAUACUUUUGUAUACGUUAUAGGUAAAGUCGAUUAUCAAUAGAACGUUAAUAACGUUUUCAUCCAAGAGUCUAUCGAAUCUAGAUACUGAGAACAUUCACGUUUAAAUAUCGAUAGAAGAAUGGAAAAUUCAGGAGCAGUUACAAUCGAGGGGGAAAAUUAUGAAAUAGUAGAUGAAUGUACUGAAGAAGAGGACACAUCUAAUAAUGGACCACGUAAAUCCGUAAAAAAUACAGAUAUUGAAAAACAAUCUGUAUUGAAUGAAAGUAUAGAACAAAAUGAAAGUGAAAAUAAGAAUGAAAAUACAAUUGUGAAAGACAAUGAAAAUGUAACUGUGAAGAAGGAAAAAGAUGUAGAUAUCGAAAAGGACAAAGAUAAAAAUACAGAGGAAAAUGAAAAAAUUCCAAACAUCAAUUCAACGGAUAAUGCAUUGUCAAAUAAUUCGAGUUCUAAUGAUAAUAGUCAAAACAAUAUAUCAGAUGCAAAAAAUAAAUGUCUGCAACAAUCAAAUGUAGAAUCAAUUGAUUUUACUGCUGAUAUUACUUUAGACCAAUUGGACCAACAAAAAGAUAUGACAGAUGAAGAUAUUUUACUUCAUUUAGACGAAAUUGAAAACAUAGUUUUAGAUCCUACAGAUUUUCAAAUGCAGAAGGAAAGUGAAUCGGAAAAGAACACAAGAGAUCAAUUUUUUCAUACGGAAAAUAACUUUAUUGAACAAAGCAACAGUGAUAAAAAUAUUAAUGUUGAUGAAAAAAUAACAUGUGCUGUAAACAAAGAAAUCAAACAAGAAACAAAAGCAAUAAAAUCUGAAAAAUCAAAAUCUGAUUGGUAUGAGAAGAAGCUUACUGAAAAGGAAACAAUUAUAAAAGAACGACUUUCAAAAGUAGCUAAAGUUUUAGGAAUUUCUUACCCAUGUUAUGAAACAUGGUUAGAACAUGAAGAAAAAAUAAAUGGAUCUCCUCUAUGUAGAUUAAAACCGUCUCGACGCUGUUGCUUAGAUAAACCAUAUACAAAUCGUUGGAAAUUCAUUUGCAACAAAAAAGAGAUAUGUGAACCCAUAACAGAUACGGGCAACUCUGAUAAUUCUUUUAAUAAAAAUAAAAAAAUAGUCUGGAAAUUGGAACCUAGUGGAGCAUGGGGUGUAAAUAUAAGUAAUGAAUCUCAAUUUCCACCUUUUGUACUCCGUGCUGUAAAGAUAUUUGAAGAUUUUCUUCAAACAACAGAACAAUUAAUCUCGGAAACUUCUAAAAAUGUAAAUUUUUUUGAUGAUGUAUCUAUAGAUGUAGAAUUAAAAAAGGACGUAAAUAACGAAGGAAGACAGAAUUGGUUAUGGCUAGUAGUGCGUUGCAACAGUAUGGAUGAACUUAUGCUAUUUGCGACUGGAGAGAACGUUAGUCGCUGUACAAUGGAUAGAUUAAAACAAGUUUAUGAAUCUGGACCUGGCAAAGAUUGCAAUGUUAAAUCUUUAUAUUGCAAAUCUACAAAUAAGUACAAUGAUACUGCUGUCACAGAUACAACAUUUUUAGUUGGAUCAGAAGCUUUGGAUGAAAUUGUUGGAGGACUGAAAGUACAACUCGCACCUAAAACAAACUUUUGGUCAAACGCCGCAGGAGCAGAGAAUGUAGCAAAUACAGUGAUAGAUUUCCUUGCACCUAGUCCAAAAACAACAGUACUUGAAAUAGGAUGUGGCAUUGGUCUUAUUGGAUUGAUGAUGGCAUCUAAAUGUCAACAAGUCAUAGGAGUAGAUUCUCCAUCAGAAGUAGAAGAAGCUGAAAUGACAUGUGAAUUAAAUAACAUAAAGAAUGCUUCGUUUAUAAUGGGAUCUCCUGCUGAAGUAACAACUAAAAUCAUUGCAGCAGUAAAAAAUCGUAAAACAUGUGCAGUAAUUAAUGCAAAUACUAAUAUUGGUCGAGCAAUUGAAGUUAUGACAGCUCUUAGAAAAAUACCAUCUCUUAAACGAAUAGUUAUGAUAACAACAUUAACCAAACAAUCAGUACGUGCUAUAUUAGAAUUAGCCCGACCAGGAGAUCAUAGUCAUGGAUCUCCAUUUAUUCCUAUUAUGGCAUGUGUUGUUGAUACUUUACCUAUUGGUCCUCAUUUUGAAGCAGUUAUUUUGCUACAGCGACGAAUGAUAAACAAGUUUAAUCAAACAUGGUUUCAAAAAACCAUGGAAAAUAGCAAAAAUCCAGAAGUCAAGAUUAACCAGGAAAAGAUAGGUCAACAAAACGCUAAUCAAAUAGAUAAGAAAAUAUCAAGCAAGUCAAUUGAAUUGCAGACUAAAAUAAACUUUAAGAAAUCUUUGAUCAAAAGUCCUGCAAAAAAAUCGAAAAUAUCAAUAAAAAAAACGUUUUAUGUUAAACAAGAAAAUCCACCUAUAAGAAACAAAUUCAAGAGAAAACGUUCCCAUUCUCCAGAUAAAGGAGAAACACCAGCUAAAAAACUAGCAAAGAAGUUUAAUAAAUUAAGUGUUAAACCAUGGCAUUCUGAUCUAACAACAAAAAAGAAUAAAGAAUGGGACACAGAAGAUCCACAAUUAUAUAUAAAUCCUUUUCAUGAAAAGAAGAUGCGAGAGCCACCUAAAGAACAAAUCGAUUUAAGAGAAAAGUUAUCUCACAACCGACUGGAUACAGAUAUUGCUCAAACAUUGAAAGAGCAUCAAGCACUUUUAGAAGUAGCGAAAGAAAAAUUAAGCGGACCAGCACCGACUUUUGACAUGAAUACUGCAAAACAAUUGCAGAGUAUGUUAAAUAUUGUUUUAGAACAAACAAAUAAACUUCAGAGUCAACUUCCACGUUCUGUCUGGAAUCGUAUUGCUUCACCGGGAAAUAUGAAUUCAGGACAAAGAGAAAAUAAACAAGAUGAUUCUGUUUUAAAAGGUCGUUAUGUCCAAGAAAUGAGUUCCCAGGAUAUUCUGAUCACAAUGCCAAAUAAGAAAUUUUUAAACAAUGAAGAACCUGCAACGAAACCAAGAAAAUACCACAAUUUACCACCUUUAGAACCAACUAAAAUUGUGCCACUAACAAUCGCAAUUGAUCCGCCGCAAUUGAAAGAAGAAAAGCCUUUCCGCGUUACACCAGAAAGAUUUACCAGAUCGUUCAAACUCGAAGUAGACGAAGAUCGAGAUAAAGCCUUUGAAAGAAAUCGUUGGGAUGAAAUCGGAAACAUGAAGAGACCUAUUUCACCUAUGAGAAGACAAAUUUCUCCACCAAAGUAUCGUGUAACUCCUCCUCCAAAGAGACUUUCUUCUUCUAAACGUCCAUUGUUAUCACUUCCAAGACGUCCAUGUUCUCCUCCAAGAAGACAUUUUUCUCCUCUUCAUCGCCCUACGUCACCCAUGUAUCGGCAACGUUCUCCUAUAAGACGUCAGAUAUCUCCUUCGCAACGACCAAUGUCACCAAGGCGUAUGUCACCCUUAAGACAACCUUUAUCUCCGAGACGUCCGUCACCAUCGCGACGAAUUGAAAUGAAUAUGCAUCGUCCAAUGUCACCAUUCAGAUAUCAAGUAUCGCCACGACAAAUGUCUCCAAUGAGAUCCACGAUAUCCCCUUCUAGAAAGCAAUUACCAAUAAAGCGACCAAUGUCUCCCCAAAGAAGACAAAUUUCCUCUCCUAAUCGAAUGAUAUCUCUUAAUAAGCAGGAAAUGUUACUUUCUAAAAGAGAGCCAAUGCCGCAAGAAAGACAGCCAAUGCCGCAAGAAAGACAGCAAAUAUCGACAAUGAGACGGGCAGAGUUACCACAUAGAUCAAUAUUUGAACAUCCGACGUUAUCACGACAAUCGCCUCAAAGACAACAGUCUCCUCAAAGACGACAAAUAUCACCAUCAAGAUUUAUCGAGGAUUGGGAUGGACCGAGUAGAGGGACCAUUGAACAAACUACUUGGACUCGACCUGUUGAACGAAUAUCUGAACAAAAUAUUUGGCGAGAUGAAAAAACUCCAACGUUUAAUAAUAGUUGGGAAAAAAUUGCAUGUAAUGAUAAACGUCGUAAAACUUUUAAUCAAGAGAAGCGGGAAACUGUUAAAAAUCCUCUUCGCAACGAUACUUGGAAUAAUAGUGGAAAUAUUUGGAAGUCUAAACAACAAAUCUAUACGAAACCUAUGAUGAAAGAAACAUGGUCGUCAAACUCUAACAAUAGAUGGUCAGCAACGUCUAUGCCAAGCAGUAGUAAUGAUAACUGGAAUAUUCGUGGGAAGGAAAGUCUAUCUGCUUGUGCAGAAUCUUGGAUGGACAAUAAAAACCAAGAUAGAUGGGAAUCGUUAAAUAUCAAAGACUCUUGGAAGCACUGUGACAAGGAAGAUUUGAAUGACUUACCGGAAGAUGCAAAAGAUCCAUGGGGUGACGAUGGUACUUCAGACUUGAAAGAAAGAUGUUUUAAAUUUGAAACUACUAAUACAUCAAAUACGUGGAUAAGAGAAAAUGAACAACAACGUGGAAAUUCAUGGACCUCAAAGUAUAAUACAGAUAAUUGGCAAAAUAAAGGAUCGUCUUUUGGUACGAAAUCUCAAUGGCAAAACAGUGACAGUCAAAAUAUUAGAGAAUCGCGUUGGUUCUCCCAAAAUGACAUUGAGAAAAAAUCUACGUCUAGUGGUUGGCAAAAUGGGAAUACUAUAGGAUCUUGGAAAUUUCAAAAUUCGAAUUUCCAAUCACAACGUCCUUUUUCUUUGACUCAAUUCAAGAGUUCAUAUUAAAAUAUUUCUGUUCUUAAAAAUAAUAUUAAUCAUUGGGAAUUUAAUUUGUUAAAACAUUUUUAUCACUAUGUCAUUUUGUCUUAUGCAUCACAAACAAUUUAUAUACUUCUUUCAGUUUAUUAACAAUAUAAAAUAUAUAUUUAAGGUUAAUGAAAUAAGCAAUCUUAUAUAGAAUUAAAAUUAAAAAAAAUUUAUAUUAUAAGGUUACUUGGUGAUGUUCUAUGAUCAAUUGAAAUGAACAUUCAUUUUACUUCUCUGUAGUUGCUAUUUUGUUAUUCUAACGUUACAUGUUACUGAAAUAAUGUAAGUAUUUAAAGUAUGAUGUAACAAUUUUCAAAUAAACACAAAACUUGUUUAAUACCCUAUCAUUAAAAUCUAUGCUGUGGUGUUUUGUGUAUAUCUCCUUUAAAACAAUGUAAAAAGUAAGUU